AUGCCCUUCCAAACUCGCAACACGUACUAUCUGAGAAUCUCGCCGAAUACGGUGCUCCCACUUUUUGUCUAUCUUGAUGAACGGCAUGUCGACUGGAUGUCUGACCGUGUAUUACGACAUGUGCUCGAGGAUUUACGUCUAAAGAUCCCCAACAAAUUGCGUGCGGAGGACCACAUCAACUUGGCCAGUGGCUCUUCAGCUAGUGCUAAACGUGGGACAGUGGACGUUCAUAGGGGAGACGCCUAUCAAUUCGCGUUCUUCUUCAAGUACACUGAACCUCACUCGCUCUUGAUCAAGCAACGCAACUUUACCCUCAUAACCGAAACCGAACCGCUGCCCCUGCCUCCGGGAAUUGAAGUUCAGGGUCGCCGAAAGAGUAAGGGGAGCGGCAAGAAACGGGACAACAGCUCUACAGCCACGAGGAGACCCAACAAACGCCGGAGGCAGACCCGUGCCGACGAGGAAGAGACUUCCAUUGACAUCGGCGAAGAUGACGACGGCGGGGGUGCUGCAGUUGCUACUUCCGGCCCACGUAGGUCUUCUCGCAGGGCCGGAACUUCACGGAAAUACCGCGAACAGGACAGUAGCGACGAGGACUUGCCAGACGUCAGUAUAGGCGAUGGGGAUGAACAGGACGGCGUAGAGAUGCGUGAAGACCAUGCUCCAGCUCGUGAUCCACUGAAGUCAGCCGUCAAGGAGGAAAUGGAGGAGACUUUCAUCGGCUUGACACCUGCACCCGAGGCGAAUGACGGGGUAUCACCGGACCUUGCACAGCACAUGGUGGUUGACGUUGGCGAUGAGGAGUCGAAGCCAAAGCUCGUCGUUCAGCUUAAGUACCAGGGUUUCAACAUCACAGGGCGUUGUUUGUGCGUUGUCAUCGAGCCCUGGCCCCCAGUGCGCUCGGCUUCCAGCGCUCCGUCAGCCACUCCCAACCGUGCGUCGUCGUUAAUGCCAGCCAACAUGACCAUUGCGCCUUCACGGCUCGAGCAGCGUUACAAGACGCCGCUCUUUCUUCCCGACGAAGACGACGAGCGCAAUGGAAGCAUCACGCCGGCACCGAUGCAAUUCGACCGCCCUCCUGUACCUUCAUUCGAUGAUCCUCCACAGGAAGAAGGUGACAGUGAUGAAGAGGAAGAGGGGAUGAUGCAGUUCAGCCAGGUGCUCAAUUCUACCAGUGGAUUCGCUCGUGGAACUAUGGAAGAUGACGAUGAGUUCGAGGGUGCGGUUCUCUUUGCCGAUGCCGACGAAAAUAGAGAGCUAUAA